GGAGGAAAGGGCAGAGGGUGGGGGCUUCCUUGGGAAGCUCGGGGAUGAGUCACCAAGAGACAGGGCACUGGAGGGUGGAGAGGAUAUGGAGUCGGGUCAGGCUGGGGGGCUGCGGGCCGGCAGGGCGGCAGCAAUGGGAAGCUGCUGAUGCAGCAGCCGAGAGGAGUCAGAUUGGACGCCGGGAAGAUACAACCCGAGGUCCCCUGAGAAGGGUUAUCAAGUCUCCGAAGGGUACCCUGCCGUGAAGACCUGGUGUACACACUCUGUGCCUGAUGGAGGCAGGACAAGAUGAAACUGACCAAAGGAGGCAGAGGUGGACCGAGCACUGAGCCAGCCUCAGCAGACCAUCUGCUUUAUCCAAAGACUUUCAGCUGAUCAGGAGCCAGGAGGCUCCAACCCCAUCUUGUCUGGGUCGGGGACAAGUGACUUGAAGUGCACGCUCUUGCUUGGCAGGACCUGGUCUCUCCGGGGCAGGAUGGCCCAGGAUCUCAGCGAGAAGGAGCUCUUGAAGAUGGAGGUGGAGCAGCUGAAGAAGGAAGUGAAGACCCCAAGAGCUCUGAUUUCUAAGACAGGAAAGGAAAUCAAGGAUUACGUGGAGGCCGAAGCAGGAAAUGACCCUCUUCUCAAAGGCAUCCCUGAGGACAAGAAUCCCUUCAAGGAGAAAGGCGGUUGUCUGAUAAGCUGAUGGCACUGGAGCCCCUCACCCAGACUGCCUGCCCCUCCUCAGCCCCCUCCUCAGCCAGAACCAAAUGUCCUGGGUCACCCAGGCAGCCGGUGGCUGUUCACUGUCUCUUAGUCAGAGAAUGAGUAAAGACGCCCGGCUCCACGCACUGGGAGUCCGUGCCCUAGUC